CCAUACCGUAUAUCGUUGGCGAAUAAGGGCGAAGGUAGUGAGCGAAGUGCGGCUCUUCGAUCUUUGGCAGUGAACGAGGGUUGCACUCCUCUUAGACUUGGUGCUUUUUAUAAUUACCUCAGUCAUAAAUUCCAUAUCAACAAAAUGCGUGAAAUUGUGCAUCUGCAAGCCGGCCAGUGUGGCAACCAGAUCGGUGCUAAGUUCUGGGAAGUCAUUUCUGAUGAGCAUGGCAUCGACCCAACUGGCACAUACCAUGGUGACUCCGACUUGCAGUUGGAGAGAAUCAACGUUUACUACAAUGAAGCUACCGGAGGGAAAUAUGUACCCCGAGCUGUACUGGUCGACCUGGAGCCAGGCACCAUGGACUCUGUCCGCUCUGGUCCAUUCGGUCAGAUCUUCAGACCCGACAACUUUGUCUUCGGACAGAGUGGAGCUGGGAACAACUGGGCCAAGGGUCACUACACCGAGGGGGCUGAGUUGGUAGACUCUGUACUGGACAUGGUCCGCAAAGAAGCAGAGAGCUGUGAUUGCCUCCAGGGAUUCCAAUUGACACAAUCCCUUGGGGGCGGCACUGGCUCAGGCAUGGGAACACUUCUCAUCAGCAAGAUCCGUGAGGAGUACCCAGACCGGAUGAUGUGCACCUUCAGUGUUGUCCCCUCUCCGAAGGUGUCAGAUACCGUGGUGGAGCCGUACAAUGCCACCCUGUCUGUGCACCAGCUUGUAGAAAAUACAGACGAGACCUACUGCAUCGACAAUGAAGCUCUUUAUGACAUCUGUUUCCGCACCCUGAAGUUGACCACCCCAACCUAUGGCGAUCUCAACCACCUUGUGUCUGCUACCAUGAGUGGCGUUACCACCUGCCUGAGGUUCCCUGGUCAACUCAAUGCCGAUCUUCGCAAGCUGGCUGUCAAUAUGGUGCCUUUCCCUCGUCUCCACUUCUUCAUGCCUGGAUUUGCUCCCCUGACCAGCAGAGGCAGCCAGCAGUACCGUGCCUUGACCGUUCCCGAGCUGACUCAGCAGAUGUUCGAUGCCAAGAACAUGAUGGCUGCAUGUGACCCUCGUCAUGGCCGCUACCUGACCGUUGCAGCUUUGUUCCGUGGCCGUAUGUCCAUGAAGGAGGUUGAUGAGCAGAUGCUGAACGUGCAGAACAAGAACAGCAGCUACUUCGUGGAAUGGAUCCCCAACAACGUCAAGACUGCUGUCUGCGACAUCCCACCACGAGGCCUCAAGAUGUCUGUCACCUUCGUCGGUAACAGCACCGCCAUCCAGGAGCUGUUCAAGCGCAUCUCUGAGCAGUUUACCGCUAUGUUCAGGCGCAAGGCUUUCCUGCAUUGGUACACCGGCGAGGGUAUGGAUGAGAUGGAGUUCACUGAGGCUGAGAGCAACAUGAACGACUUGGUGUCUGAGUACCAGCAGUACCAGGACGCAACGGCUGAGGAGGAAGGCGAGUUCGAUGAGGAAGAGGAGGGAGAAGAGGAAAAUUAAUUUGUCAGUACAAAUCAAAAUAUGUUCAGAGAAGUGGUGCAUGUAGUGGAUAAGCACAACUCAAAGCGUUAGUCGCUGAAACUCCUUUGUCGUCAAUUGCAAAAAAGUUAUGGAUCCAGCGAUUUAUAUCUUAGAGUAUUAGAAAAAUCAGCCUCUUUAAGAAAUUCAGCUUCAUGCUACCCUUGAACAUCAUUGUUUGAAAUUCAAAAUUAUUCAUAAAUGUCCAACUUAAAAGUAGAGACGUUAUAUUUUCAAAUGUAACUAGAAUAUAAAGUAUAAUCUAUAAUUUUAAACCUCAUAGACUAAGUUUGAUGUUUGGCUCCUGUGAAUACACAUUGAUAGACUCCUCUUUCUAGUGCGGGGUUAGGAAAUAUUUAUUCCCAAGCGACACCAAACAACAUACACCUGCAGUAAUCAAGUGUGCAGCUUUUUCUUGACAUUAUCAUUGAAUAAAUACGGGUUUGUAAUGUUAACAUUCUGUACUUGUUGGUUCUGUUCUCAUAUUAUUAAAAAUAUAUCCUCUGUCAGAGACCUUAUUUUUUUUACAGUGCCCUUAUUGUGGAUGGUUGGAGAACUGUAAACUGUUACAUAUAUUUUUUAGAUAAACACUUAUACAUGUAAUUCAUAAAUAUGUUUGGCGCAAUAUCAAAUGUGGUGAUUUUGAAGUCUAGUGGUUCUCUAUUUCAACUAAUCAGAAUUAUGCUACAGAUUUAACUUUGUGAGAUGAGACCGUAAUAAAAGAUGUCCCAAGGUAACUCGA